GGUUGUGUUCAUGGAAUGACCAAAAUACAGUAAGUUACUAUAUUGGUAAUGUCUUUGUUUGAAAAAUAUCUAUCCUUGUAUUGCAAACUAAUAUAGCAAACAACAGAUAUUUCUUGUGAUGGAAAUUAUUCCGAAACAAAGAUUAAUCGGACACACGUCUUUACGUGACGUCUUCUCUUAAAUGACGUCACGUGACAUUAUACCGAGGAGCCUACGUCCUAUUUCUAACAAUUGUCUCUCCUCGACUCCUGCAUGAGAAAACCAAGAAUAUAAACAGAUAAAUUGGUUAGCGCCAAUCCCACGAAAUGAAUGAAUCAAAAUGUAUCGUCGCGUUCGAAGACGCACUGAAUCAGUGACGAUUAGCCAUGACGUAAAGCUGCUGCUUACUAUCAGGAUUAAAUCUUUUUCAAAGACUGAAGGUGACGCGCAAAGCGAGGGGUAAAUAAUGAAAACUUGGACAUUUUCAAUUUCACAACUGCCCGUCUGUCAUGUUAUUUGUGUGUAAAUAUUUAUUUCUUUAGUUACUGUUAGCCACGGGUGCCUUUUUUAUAGAAUGACUAGCUUUGCAAAUGACAGACAGCCAGUCAAAAAUCGAAGUCAGUGCUCUGACAGAGUAUGAGCUUCAGCAACUAUACAAGGCCUUGCUAAUCGCCUCGUGCCGGUUAGAUCCCAGAGACCCCAUACAGUUCCUGAAAAACACACUGAUCACCUUUCAGGGACAUGACAAUCUGCAGGAUGUGGACUGGGACAAGUUCCUCAGUGAUAGCACGCAGCGGUCACUGCUGGCCUCUCUGCAACUGGAUGACGGGGAAUAUCUUGACGCCGAUGAACUCAAGGCCCUUUUCUGGAAAUAUGAGAAGGCCUACUCCUGCUACAGGAGGAAAUUAACAAGCUCUUGUUUCAGGAGCUGGAAGGAUUUCACCAAUGCCAGUGUGACAGAUGCCUCCGAACUGUCUCAAAAGAUGGAAAUUGCAUUGCAGCAUUAUGACAGGCGAAAGCAGGAGGUGCCGUUCCUUGCAUGGCUGCGCUGGGUCAAAUGCAAGCAGGAGUCACGUGUAGAGGCGGUGCGUAAAUUGGUGGGAGUUUUGAAAGCCUGCGUCCUCAAACGCAUCGUGACCGCAUGGAAGAAUGUUGUAAGGGACUCGCAGAGGACCAAGGAUUACUUCAAGAGACUUCAGAAUGAACUGGAGAUGGAGCGCCAGCAAAGCCAGGUCGGGGAGGGAUGCGACUGGCUCUCAGCCUUACCCAACCACAUCUCACUUAAGGUCAUUAAUCCAAAGCUUCCGAGUUUUCUUAUCGAUCAAGUACACAUGCAAGCUACAAAUCUCAGACAGGAGUCAGCCACAGCUCACAGCCAGGUCCAACUCGCGGAGGUGGAGGAGCCCGAACAAGGAAGCUGCAGACGUGCACAAGAGCAGGGUGUUUACCCGCCACAACCAGUUACCGUGACCAAGGCGGUGCGUAAAUUGGUGGGAGUUUUGAAAGCCUGCGUCCUCAAACGCAUCGUGACCGCAUGGAAGAAUGUUGUAAGGGACUCGCAGAGGACCAAGGAUUACUUCAAGAGACUUCAGAAUGAACUGGAGAUGGAGCGCCAGCAAAGCCAGGUCGGGGAGGGAUGCGACUGGCUCUCAGCCUUACCCAACCACAUCUCACUUAAGAGACUUCAGAAUGAACUGGAGAUGGAGCGCCAGCAAAGCCAGGUCGGGGAGGGAUGCGACUGGCUCUCAGCCUUACCCAACCACAUCUCACUUAAGAUAUUCCAGUAUAUGGAAUUACGAGACCUGCUGAGCUGUUCCGAAGUGUGCUGCAGUUGGAGAAGUCUCAUCCAUACGGGCACUCUGUGGAGUAAGAUCAACGUCUCGGUGGAUAAACGCUGGAUAACAGAUGACACCAUGAAGGAUGUCCUGCUUAAUUUUCGUCCAUUUGUGAUCCACCUGAAUCUGCGCGGCUGCACUUCGUUACACUGGUAUAGUUUGAAGCAUAUUGGCGAAUGCAGAAAUCUCCAAGAGCUCAACGUGUCUGAGUGUUUUAACAUCACGGACGCCAUGAUUGAGUCAAUUGUGGAAGGCUGUAACUCCCUGCUCUACCUGAACCUCUCCAGCACGCUCUUGACAGACGCCACCCUCAGAGAGCUGGCAAGCAACUGUGUCAACCUUCAGUACCUGAGCUUGGCCUAUUGCCACAAAAUGACAGAUGAAGGUUUUCAAUACCUGAGUUUGGGAACAGGCUGCCACAAUCUCCUCCACCUAGACCUGUCGGGCUGCUCCCAGGUCAGUCUUUCAGGCUCCGCGAUAUACUGUACUUAUUAUGCUCACUUCCAGAUGUAUGUUUUCAUUUUAUGGGGCCCGGAAAGUGUGACGGCGACGGGCUUCAGUUACAUCUCGGAAGCGUGCCCUUAUCUCAAGGAGAUUUUGCUCAAUGACGUGUACGACCUGUCGGACAAGUGCAUCUCUGCCCUGAUGGCCAACUGCCAGAGUGUCUCCUCCAUCUCUCUGCUGGAGGCGUGGCAACUGUCUGACGCCGGCAUCAAAGCCAUCGCCGAAGUCACCAAACUGAAGAGUUUCAGCCUGGAGGGUAACAAUCGCGUGAGCCACAUGAGCUGGAAGGCACUGUGCUCCAGCUCACGAGGCCUCCGCAGGUUGCACAUCGUUGAAUGCCACAAGAUGGGCGACACUUCCCUCAAGGCGGUGGCCACGCUCCGGAACCUGCAGUACCUGGACAUCUCGCUUUGUAACAAAGUGACGGAUAAGGGACUCUUUACUCUGGCCGAAAGCCCCUCGGCCAGCAAACUGAGAGAGCUGAAUGUGAGUUACUGCAGUCAGAUCACGGAUGCAGCCAUCAGCGUGAUUGGUCAUAGGUUUACCAAGCUGUCCCAUCUGAACUUGAGCUACUGCGAGCAGCUUACUGAUGUCGCUCUGGAGUAUUUAAUGGGCAGUUCCAUCAGCUCUCUGGACAUCAGCGGCUGUAACAUUCAAGACGACGGCCUGGCUGCUCUCGAGGAGGUUCCCUUGAAAAGGUUGAUUAUUGCCGAAUGUAUCAACAUCACAGAUGUUGGUAUGGAGAAUUUGUGCAAGUACUUGACAGAUCUGGAGUACGUCGACGUGUCUGGCUGCUUGGAACUGUCCGACCAGGCGGUCAAAGCCUUUUCAUUUUACUGCAGAGGCCUGCUCACACUGCGGGUGGCAGGCUGUCUAAAGGUAACUGAUAUGGCAAUGCAGUGCCUUUCACAUGGAGCAGCCCAGUACCUGCGAGAGCUGGACGUGAGCGGCUGUACCCUAACUGAUCGCGCCAUCAGAUACAUCGAGAGGCUCUGCCCGCCACUCUCAUCAAUCACUAUGCACGGCUGCAACCGCAUCUCAGAGGAGGCUGCCAUGAGGCUACAACCUUAUGUGCAGCACUGGGAGUACAGCAACGAACAAACCAAAUUGUGGCUUCGAUAAAGCAAUCUGUGCGCACAAAGAAUGGCAUGGUAUUGAUAAUCGCACCAGUGAAGCCUACAAGGAACUCAGUAGAGCUCAGACCUCUGCCAAGGCCCAAACAAUCCUAAUUUGGCACUUCCACAGAAACCUGACUUUUUCUUUCAUUAAGAUCCAUCCAUUUUCUGGACCACUUUUCUAUUGUAAAAAUGCAACUUUGAAUGAAUGAAAACAUUGCUGUCCAAUGAAGAAUGAUUAGCAUUUCCAAGUGUUACACAUUUGAUUGUCAUCCUAAUAACAAGAAAAUGUUGGCCAGAAAGACAAAUUGAAAUUUCAUAUGACAAUGAUGAAAAAUGUAGGGAAGCAGGAAAAUUUGAGAUUUAUAUUGGACAAUGACGCAACAGGUCGGCCUCACAAAGCAGAGUUUUAGGGUUCGAUUCCUGCUCCGGCCACCCUGUGUGGAGUUUGCAUGUUCUCCCUGUGCCUGCGUGGG